AAUUUUAGAAUCUUAUCAACAGCGGCCAUCAUAUGUAGUAAACAUAAUUUGUUUCCUCCGUGUUUUGCCAUUUUGCAAAGAAAAUGAUUUACAAUUUCUAUAUAUUCGACAAACAAGGAAAUUUGCUAUAUUACCAAGAAUGGACAAGACUCAAGCAAUCAGGAAUUACAUGCGAAGAGGAGGCCAAGUUGAUGUACGGAAUGAUUUACUCAAUGAAGUCUUUUGUCAAUAAAAUCUCACCUACGGAUAUACGAGAUGGCUACAUGCACUACAAGACCAACAAGAAUGCUCUUCACAUCUUAGAAACUUCAUCCGGACUUAAGUUCGUCAUGAACACAGAUACAGCAUCAACAGGCAUAAAAGACUUUAUGAAUCAAUUCUAUUUGAAGAUAUGGUUGGAGUAUGUUGUGAAAAAUCCUUUCUGCCUCCCUGAAAAACCCAUCACAUCUGAGCUUUUUAAGGCAAAGUGCGAUGAGUUUAUCAAACAAUCAACAUUCUACGGCGGCAUCAAGAGUAUUUAGGCUCCAUAUCUCUGUGAUAUCCAUUCCUUGAUCGUGUCAAGAUGGAUCUGACGAGCCAUUAUCACAGAUUGAGGAUCCUGACAAAGACAGAAACUCAUUGACUUUCCACAAAAGAUCAUUCAAAAUAAAUCCAUAUAACUCA